UGCCAACGUCAUCGGCCGCCAUGAGCACCCCAAAAACAGGGGUUGGUUUAGUGUUGUUGACGUGUUUCCUCCAUUCGAUAAGGGCUACCGGAGAAAAAAUACCCCUUGGUGCCAUCUUUGAACAAGGCAAUGACGAUGUGCAAACCGCAUUCAAGUUUGCCAUGUUGCAGCACAAUCAAAACGUAUCGACGAGAAAAUUCGAGUUCCAGGCCUACGUUGAUGUCAUCAAUACAGCAGAUGCCUUCAAACUCUCACGACUCAUAUGCAACCAGUUCUCCAGAGGAGUCUACUCAAUGCUGGGAGCAGUAUCUCCAGACUCUUUUGACACUUUACACUCCUAUAGUAACACCUUCCAAAUGCCUUUCGUUACACCAUGGUUCCCGGAAAAGGUGUUGGCACCCUCAUCUGGCUUCAUGGACUACGCAAUUUCUAUGAGACCGGAGUAUCACAAGGCUAUAAUCGAUACAGUAAAGUAUUAUGGAUGGAGAAAAAUUAUUUAUUUGUACGAUUCCAAUGAUGGAUUGCUACGGCUUCAGCAGAUAUACCAAGGCCUGGUUCCAGGAAGCGAAAGCUUCCAGGUCUCGACAGUGAGAAGGAUCAGCAACGUCAGCGAAGCCCUAACAUUUCUAAGAGGCAUAGAAGAACAGUCGAGAUGGACGAACAAGUAUGUGGUAUUGGACUGUUCUGCAGAAACUGCCAAAGAAAUUGUCGUCAGCCACGUUAGAGAUAUUUCGCUGGGGAGGAGGAACUAUCACUAUCUUCUAUCUGGGCUGGUUAUGGAUGAAAGGUGGGAAAGUGAAGUGGUGGAAUAUGGAGCAAUGAAUAUAACAGGCUUUCGAAUAGUGGACAGUUCCAAACAAAACGUCAGAGAUUUCCUAGAAGGUUGGAAACGCUUAGAUGCCACCCAACAACCAGGAGCAGGAAAAGAUAGUAUUUCCGCUCAAGCGGCUUUGAUGUACGAUGCAGUAUUCGUUCUGGCGGAGGCCUUCAAUAAGGUGCUCAGAAAAAAGCCAGAUCUCUUCAGGAACAACGUGAGAAGAGGAGUGAACUACAGUAAUAGCACCACGAAGGCAUUGGAUUGUAAUGUGAAUGGCGGUUGGGUCACCCCUUGGGAGCAUGGGGAUAAAAUUUCUAGGUUCCUCAGAAAGGUGGAAAUAGAAGGAAUCACUGGUGAAGUGAGAUUCAGCGAGGAAGGCAGAAGACAGAACUACACCCUUCAAGUUGUUGAGAUGACAGUCACUAGUGCCAUGGUCCAAGUAGCCGAAUGGAAUGACGAGACUGGCUUGAGCCCAGUUGCUGCGAAAUAUGUCAGACCAAAAGCCAAUGCCUACAUCGAGAAGAACAAGACGUAUAUAGUCACGACGAUAGUUGAAGAGCCAUACAUUAUGAUGAAAACUCCAGAACCGGGAGAAAUUCUCAAUGGAAAUGAUCGUUUUGAGGGAUACUGUAAGGAUCUAGCCAAUCUGCUAGCUAAAAGACUUGGCAUCAAUUUUGAACUCCGAAUCGUUAAGGAUGGCCAGUAUGGUGCUGAAAAUCACGAAGUAAAAGGUGGCUGGGAUGGUAUGGUCGGAGAGUUGGUACGCCAGGAAGCAGAUAUGGCCAUAGCUCCAAUGACGAUAACUUCAGAGAGAGAACGAGUCAUCGACUUCAGCAAACCGUUCAUGUCCCUAGGAAUUUCCAUAAUGAUCAAGAAACCCAUGAAACAGAAACCUGGAGUCUUCAGCUUCCUGAACCCUCUCUCGAAAGAGAUAUGGGUUAGCGUUCUUUUCGCCUAUGUGGGAGUCAGCAUCGUCCUAUUCGUGGUGUCCAGAUUUUCUCCCUACGAGUGGAGGUUGCUGCACCUGACAGGAGAUCCAAGAGACCAGCCGGUCCACAACACCAACCACAGCGGCACCAUGGCCAACGACUUCACCAUGCUGAACUCGCUGUGGUUCGCCCUGGGCGCCUUCAUGCAGCAGGGCGGGGAGCUGUCGCCCCGCUCCGUCUCCGGGCGCAUAGUGGGCGCAUGCUGGUGGUUCUUCACGCUCAUCCUCAUCUCCAGCUACACGGCCAACCUGGCGGCGUUCCUGACCGUGGAGCGUAUGGUGGCGCCCAUCAAUUCGCCAGAGGAUCUGGCCUCGCAGACCGAGGUGGAGUACGGCACGCUGUACCACGGAGCCACGUGGGAUUUUUUCAGGAGAUCCCAGAUCACCCUGUACUCCAAAAUGUGGGAAUUCAUGAACUCAAGGAAGCACGUCUUUGUCAAAACGUACGACGAAGGCAUAAAGAGAGUUAGAACGUCGAAAGGCAAGUUUGCUCUGUUGAUAGAGUCACCCAAAAACGACUACAUCAACGAAAGAGAGCCCUGUGAUACCAUGAAAGUUGGCCAAAACCUGGAUACCAAAGGCUUUGGGAUAGCCACCCCCUUAGGAUCUCCCUUAAGAGAUACUAUAAAUCUUGCUGUCCUCAGCCUCAAAGAAAAUGGCGACCUAACCAAACUGAAGAACAAAUGGUGGUAUGACCGAACAGAAUGUCUGCGUGAUAAACAAGAUGCUUCUAGAAACGAACUAUCGCUUAGCAACGUAGCAGGGAUAUUCUAUAUCCUCAUCGCAGGACUCUUCAUAGCAAUGGCUGUAGCUAUGUUGGAAUUCUGCUACAAAUCUCAAUCAGAAGCUAAGAGAGCAAAGAUACCUCUAGGAGAUGCAAUGAAAGCCAAAGCAAGACUGACCAUAGGUGUAGGAAGGGACUACGAUAAUGGAAGGUACUACACACCGGCCAAUCAAGUAGCUGGAGUAACUGAACCAGAACAGCCGCACAGCAACACUCACACUCAAGUGUGAACGAUGCCGAUUACCGAAUGAUCGGUAUUAUCGAUAACCAGUUAUGUUUCGAUUUAGGUGUUUGUACAGUCGAUUGAGAGAGCUUUGAAUGCUCAUCUGUGAAACGGUGUCAUUUGAUCACUAGGUUCCCCAUACUUGAGAUGUUUAUAAGUUGACCCCAUACUAUACUAUACUCAAUGUUAUGCAUGGUGAUCGAUCGGUUAUACCUUUUCAAGUUCAAAUUUAGACAAAACACAUCGACAUUGAUAAACAAAUCCAAAAUACGCAUACUUGAACACGAUUAGAUUCAGAAUAAGCAUUUCAAACUUGGGAAUUAAUGUAUUCAAAUUCGUUUAACACAGUUGAAUUGGAUACCUAUUUAAUUUAUGACGAAACAGCAUCGAAUUGGAAAACUACAAAUUGGAAUUGUCAAUAACUAUUGUGUGAAAGACGAUAUUUGAAUGAAAUGAAAAUGAUUUUAAACAGAUAUUUGUUGCCGCAACUCUUAUAUUUGUUAUGUUAUCAAGGAAUAUGUUGUUAUUUCAAAUAAACCAUAUUGUGGAACAGAGUCAACAGAUACAUAGAUACAAACAACAGAUAUAUUUUUUAUAUCCAUUAUCUAGUUGCAUUUUCCAUCUUCCAUACUGUCGCUUUGAUUCUGGUAGAAUAUAGGGAUAUUAUCAGCUGUCCUAGAAUGUGUGAUUAUACGUUCACAAGCCAAUAAUCUUGAAUCAUUUGGAGAAUUAAAUUUUUUUCAAUAUCUUUCGGUUCUGAAAUUUGAUUCUUGGAGAUUCAUCAUUAUUAUAAAUAUUAUUCAUCAAAAAAGUUUGUUAAAUCUGAUUACCGAUACAAUAUGAAAUAUUGUUACUGAAUACUUCGCUACUUAAUUUAUACUGUUAUUGAUCAUUUCAAUCAACAUAUUGUGUUCACUGUUGAGUCGAAUCGAUAAUGAGUUAAAGCAAAUGAAUUUUCAAUUGAAAGAAUAAAAAUAUUUUGUAGGUAGUCGUUACGAUAUUUUGUAGUAGAUAUAUGACACUCAGAUUUUGUUAUGUUCCUAGAAUUUUUGUUGAUUCGUUUUUUCCUUUUUCUCCCUGUGGUGAUGGAAGGGGUAGACGAAAACCCCUAAUCGAUUGAUGUAGAAUCGUGUCGAAAUAAAAACAGGGGAGAAUAGGAUCAAAAUGAUCAAAAUCCAAUGUUUGUGUGUUUAUUCAUUCAGAAUUGGUCAUUUUUAUUUCGAAAAUAAUGAAAUUAGUCUCAAUUUCAAUUUGCAAAUUAACAAUUUUGAUGUGUUGAAUCCAAGUUCCUUCAUCCAUUCGAGUUUAUCUUCAAUUUGAAAAUGGUAAGUCUCGAUUUGAAUUGGAAAAGGUUCAGUAAUAGCAUCUAUCCCGUUCAAUUUUGCACACUAGAAUUGGAAUAAGUGAUUUUUGCAUUUCUUUUAAUUACACCAAAAGAAAAUCAUCUUGUCAUGACAGAAAUAUAAAAAUAUUUCUCAUUGAAAUUUGACUAACGGCUUAACAAUAUCAGAUCAGGUUGAUAUAUUUAUAAUGAUUGAUAUUUUAUAUUACCGAACUACGCUUAUACUCAUUUUACUUGAUUUUUUGGGAUUUUCUCUCUUCGUUUCUAUAAAAUGAAAAUAUUCGUAUUAUUUCAAUAUAUUUGUAGAGGGACAAAUCAGAUGAUUUGCCCCAAAAUGUCACUGCGUUUAACAAAUUUUUCUAUCAGGGAGUCUAAAAGAAAAAUCCAGUAGCUUGUCAGUGACAAUUUGUUUGAGGAAAUGUUUGAAGGAAAGAAAUAUAGAUAUAUUGAGAAAAUAUCGAAUUUUUACUUAAAUUUGGACGUUUCGGGACCGAUUCUUCUGCCGUUCUCAACAUGUGAAUGCAAAUUAUGUUUCUUUGAAAGUUGUGUUGCUUAUAGUUUGACACUUUUCAGUGUCAUACUGAUAUAAAUGAGUGAUUUUAGUCUUCAAAUGAGUUACAGGAUGUUUUCAUUAAUUAUUCUUCAACCCAACUCAUAUCCAAGGAACUUCAUUGAUAGACCGAUUCACCAAAUUGAAAACAAACAAAAUACACCACAACAAAAACAACCAUCAAUAACGACGAAUAUAAUACCGUACAUUCUCGGCAUAUCUGAAAAAAUAAAACGUGUUGGUGAUAAGUUCCAAGUGAAAACUGUGUUCAAAAUUGAAAAUACAAUGAGAUCCAUUCUAACUCAAACAAAGCCAAAAAAUGAAGAACAAUCAUCUAAAAAUUGUAUUUACAGUAUACCUUGUGUUUGUGGAAAGUAUUAUACAGGUGAAACGAAAAGACCUCUCUCAGUAAGGACUAAAGAACACGAGUACAAUAUCAAGAAAAGACAUAUCGAUAAAUCGAAGCUAACUGAACAUAUCCUUACUGAAAAUGGACAACAUAUGGCAGAGUGGAAUAAUAUCAAAAUCAUAGGGAAGGAAGAUAACAACCAAGGAAGAAAAAUAAAGGAAUCCGCUUGCAUUCUUCUAAACGGAGACAAUAGCAUUGCUUCCUGUUCAGUUGAUAUAGAUAGAACAUGGUAUUCACUACUGAAAACUGAUCAUGAAAAUGGUGGAUUCAAGAUCAAUUAAUGAAAACAUCCUGUAACUCCUUUGAAGACUAAAAUCACUCAUUCAUAUGCCAACAUCAGUAUGACACUGAAAAGUGUCAAACUAUAAGCAACACAACUUUCAAAGAAACAUAAUUUGUUGAGAACGGAAGCAGAAUCGGUCCCGAAACGUCCAGAGAUAAGUAAAAAUUCGAUUUUUUUCAAUAUAUCUAUAUUUUUUUCCUUCAAACAUUUUUUCAAACGAAUUGUCACUGACAAGCUACUGGAUUUUUCUUUUAGACUCCCUGAUAGGAAAAUUUGUUAAACGCAGUGACAUUUUGGGGCAAAUCAUCUGAUUUGUCCCUCUACAAAUAUAUUGAAAUAAUACGAAUACUUCUAUUUUAUAGAAACGAGGAGACAGUAUUUACGCUUAUACUGUUUCAUACACUACGUAUACUUCAUUUUAAUCAGAUAUUUUUACUCUGUCGACUAUUGAUUCAUCUUAUAUUUGCAUACACUCUCAGUAUGUCCAUGUAUUUUCAUUCAAUCAAAAUAAUAAUAAUGUAUCGAAUAAUCAAAAUGAAAAUAUCAAACAUAUCCAUGAAAUUCUCUCUCGGCGUUGUUUUGACUGGACAACACCCCUAUGAGUAAUAAAAAUGCAAACUAAUGAAAAUUCAAAAUGUUUUUACCCAUAUACAUAUACAUAUACGUGUCAUGUUUUUACCUGAAUGUUGUGAAUGUUAAAAAAGUUUGUCAAUUUAGUAUUCAACUGUAUUAUUAAACAUUUGUUUGUUGUACUAUA